GAGAGACAACAGACUUUAUCAUUAAAUCUCUUAUUACGCAGUUUCUUUGCCGAGUGCCCAACUCCACGGCAUCAUCAGAUUCUGUGCAUGCGGCUAUGCGGCUGCCUCUUGAGUGGUGCCGGACCGUGCCGGUAGUAUGUACAGUGUCCAUGGUUGAAGGAAAGGAUGCAAGCGGUGGAUCUAAACUAUGGCCAUGUUACUCUGAGACGCUGCCUCGCCACUGGAGGGGUUUUUAUCCUCUUCGCCCUUGUUCUUUCCACUUGGUUGUACCCCUUGUUGAUACGCACGCUGCCUGAACCACAAUCCGACAACGACCUGUACUAUGAUGAAAUGGUCUCCAGCGGAAUGAAGCGCUCAUCGGCCCAUCAGCAAAAGUUUCAAACCCGAAAAGACUUGAUCAAAGACCUUCCAAAGAGUCUCCUUUUUCACACCAAUUUUGACGAGUUUGGAGGAAUGCCCAUCUCCGAUGAAUUUGCCUUUUUGCAUAUUUACAAGUGUGGAGGGACUACAGUCGAGAAUAUGCUGCUGGAUGGUCAGGACGACAGCAAUGUGCAUGAAAUACUAGACAGCCUUGUCAUGGCGAACCGAAAAUGGAUCGCCGUGGUUCGAGACCCCAUUGACCACUUUUUAAGUGGUUGGGCAGAGUGUGGACUGCGAUAUUUCUCCCGAGAUGAUGAACACGAUCCUCUGUACGGCAGUCUGGCAGGAAUUCACAGGGACUAUGACGCCCGCAUUCAAGAUUGGUUGCAAAGUGUAAAAGCUCACCUGGGUUCCUCCCGUUGCUGGAUGCAUUCACAUCCACAAGUAAACUUCAUGAUCCACAACAGAACUCACUCCAUUGAUACACACAUUCAUGCAGUGGGGGAUCUAUCAGAAUUGAAAGAAAUGGUGGUACACAUCGGGAAGUUUCAAGGAUGGCGAGAUGGAAAUACAGGCCGGGAUGCCUCCCUCAGUGAUGUCAAAGUCAAAAACUUUCCCAGCCGAAAGGAUCUCUUGUCAAAGGACACCAUCCUCAAACUGUGUGAAUUCCUCCAAUUGGACUAUUUCCUUCUGGAUUUUCAGCCUCCAGAGAUUUGCGAGCAAGAAGAUGCACUGCUGUGACAAGAACACAACCAAGUGACAUGAGGUUCUCUUCAGGUUACCGUAGCAAGGUGCUACCUAAGGAACACCUACAGAGUGUGACAAAGUCAGUUGAAACCCUGAAGAAAGUGGUGAAAGACUUCUCCAAAGGGGGGAAAUUCGACAUGCAGGGCCAGAGAGAGUUGUUUCGGACUCAAGCAAGCAUUGCUGUACUGGAAUGCUCAGCACUACUACAGGUACUUUCCUUCCCCACGCAGGAAGAUAGACGCUCUCAAUUCAAUUACAUGCAUGGCAGAAACCGAUGAUGCGCAAUAAGAGUUUGCUCUUCUACUAUUUUAUUUGUAUGCUAGCUAGCUACCCUCUUUGCGUACAGUCC